AUGGAAAAGGGUUCUAAUUUACCAACCACCUUUCUAGAUCUUCUUAAUAACACUUAUGACGAUGCUGACCUUGUGCAGUUGUUAGCAAACGAUCUUACUGCUCAACAACAUGAAAAUUCCGAAAUAUAUGAAAGUGAAAAUAUUGAUUUCAAUCAACAAGUUUUAGAAGAAAAUCAUGAGAUGGAAAUGGAGGAAGACGAGGAAGAAGGAUUGGACGAUUAUAUGGCAGAUGAUUUUAUGAAUAUAAAUUCAUCAAUGAUUCAGGAAGCCGAAGAUGAAGAAUUGAUGGAAUUAGAAGAUGAAGAAAAUUUUGGGCGACUUUUAUCUGAAGCGCAAGCAAUUGGUAAAGAUCUUACCACAGGAGAUUCACUUCCACAUUUAUGGCAAAAUUUGGAAAAAGAAUGGACUGAAUUUAAUAGGGAUUUAAGAAUUACUAGUGGCAUUGGAAAAAUACGAAGAAGCAGGAGUGGACCAAGAAUUCGUACACUUUCACCUACAUUGAAAACUUUAUUAGGAGAGGCUAAUUUACAUUAUGUUAAUAAAGAUUAUCCUAAAGCCAUUGAAGUUCUUCAGGAAGUGGUGAAGAUUGAUCCAAACAUUCAUAUAGCAUGGUUUACACUUGGAACAAUACAAGAUGAGAUGGGUUGUCCAGAAAAAGCACUUCAACUUUAUUUGGUUGCAGCUCAUUUAACCCCAAAUGAUGGUUCCUUAUGGAAAAGAUUAGGAUUAUUAAGCAAAUGUGAUCAUCAUGAUGAAGAUGCUAUUUGGGAUAGAAGCAUUCUUUAUGCAGAAAUUGGAGAAUAUAAAAAAGCAUUGGAUGGAUUUAGAGGACUACUAAAAGAAAUGCCAUAUGAUAUGAAUGUGAUUAGAGAACUUACGAGAAUUCACGUUCAACUGAAUGAGAUCCCACAAGCUAUUGAACUUUUUAAUGAUGCAUAUAAAUAUUAUCGAAGUAAUCCAAUUUCAGAAGAUCCAGUUUCUGAAGGAGGUUUCGGAUAUUCCGAGAUUAACAUCAUGGCCGAAUUAUAUAUGUUGGCUAAUGAUUUUAAUAGUGCGAUCGAUUUCAUUAAGAGAGGGGUGAGAUGGUUACAAGGAAGAGAAGAUGAAGUAUGGUGGGAUACUGUGGCAGAUGAUCGAGAGUAUGAUGAAGAUGAAAAUGCAAAUAGGAGAGAGAAUUCUAUAUUAUCUGCUCGGCUUAAUGGUGUUGUGAAUAUUGGUGGUACAAAUGCACCGUUACCUUUAGAAUUGAGAGUUAAAUCUGGUCAAUGUAGAAUUGAACUUGAACAACUUGAAGAAGGAAAGUUACAUUUUACAUAUCUAGAAUUUUUUGAUGUUGAAAAUUAUGUAGAUUUGUAUUAUGAAGUGGCGGAAACAUAUGCUGAAAAGGGAUUGUAUGAAGAUGCAUUGGGAAUAUAUGAAGCUAUUGUAUCAAAUGAAAAGACAGAUAGUCCAACUGCUUGGCUGCGAAUGGGGAUUUGUCAUCGUGAAUUAGGAAAUUUAGAAAGUGCUGUUGAACACUUUAUUGUCGAAGAAAUGCCAGAUGAUUUGGAUGCUAAAAUGGCACUUGCUGAGUCAUAUGAAUCCUUAGGAGAAAAUUCUAAAGCUUUGGAAAUGGUUAAUUCAGUUCUCGAGGUUCGUAGGAAACAACGAGCUGUCAAUGAAGCCAAAACUACUCAAGAAUAUUUGUCAUCAAUAAAUCCCCAGUCAGGAGAAGAUAAUUUGGAUCAUUCCAUAACGACAAUGGAUCACGAUAGUUCUUUAAUAAAUCAAAUAUCAGAAUCUUCUAAAGCUAGCGCUUAUGCAAAAGCUCAAGAAGAACGUAGGAGAAAGGAAGCGGAAAAAGAAAAGGAAUUGCAAAUCCAGUAUCAUAGACUUGAACUUUUAUAUUCUCGAUAUAAGGACGGAGAUCAGCAGUCGGCCAAUGAAUUUUUGGAAGGUGCCAAAGUUCUAUUCGCGGAAUUUAAAAAUCACAAACCAUUCUAUCCUAGAGAUAAAAUGGUACCGUAUAAGGGUUUUGACCGUCGAAGAUGCUGGCGUCGACAAAUGGCAUUAAAGUCAGAAAUCGCAGAUGAUGGUGAUGAUGCGGCUCUUGAAGAACAAGCAACAACCAUGGCAAAAAGAUUACAAUGGCAAAUUGAUGGUGAAAUUGGAGAAAUAGAAGCUGAAAUCCGUAAAAGAAUGGUCGAGUUUCAAGAAGCAUUCGACGUACUUAGAAUAGUGUCUAGGGCCAAUGUUUUUUAUCACAACGAUCGUCAGAAAACUGGAUUUAAAUUGCUUCUAUUAGCUUGGGGUUUAUACACUAGAAAUUAUCUUGUAGUGUGUGAAAGUUCACGAUGGUUAUGCAAUAAUAAGCCAUUCAAUAGUAAAGUUUAUAAUUUAUAUGAUGCUGGCAUGUCUAGUGGCACUAAUGCAUUAUCAUGUUAUGCGGCUGCUAAUUCACAAAAAUAUUUUCUUCGUCAAGUUAAAUUAAUGGAUACUGGUGGAUAUGAUCCAAGGCAAGGUGGUAAAAGACGUGAAAUCCCGGAUAAGAAAAAUGAAGCAUUAUUGGCUUUAUAUGGCCAUAUACUGGCUUGUGCUAGAAGUUAUAUAGGAGCUAUUGGAUAUUAUGCACGCGCAUAUGCCAGAAAGCCAAAGGACCCAGUUGUCAGUUUAUCUAUGGGACUUGCUUAUUUACAUCGGGCAUUACAAAGACAAUCAGAUAAUAGACAUAUUCAAGUUGUUCAGGUAAAAAUAAUUACAGAACGCGAAAAUUUUAAAAUUAGUUUGACUCAUUUGGCAAUAUCGCAUUAUGAAAAAGCUCUUAAAUUACCUUCUUUGUUGCAAGUAAUAAAUCCAAAAAAGGAUGAUGACGGUGAUAACGGAGAAGAUGAAACAGAUCUCAGAAAAGAAGCAGCAUAUAAUUUAUCACUUAUUUAUAAUGAAAGUGGAUCUCCGGGAUUAGCAGCAACUUUACUUAGAAAAUAUUGUACCAUAUAA